CUUUGGCGGCAUUCCGAGCAUCUCGGAAUCGCUGCGUGCGGGGAAGCCUGCAGGCAGCUUCGGGAAUUGAGCGCAAACUAUACCACCCUGGGUUACCCCAUGGGGAACGAAGCUUGUCUUCGUCGGAUUGUGGAGAUCGCCUCCAACAGGAAAGAUUUGUCCAAUCGCGACUGACGAAAAAGGAACCAGCCUUGGGAGGUCUCGAGAUUGAGAAGUUGGGGUUACCCCAUUGAGGUUGACCAUGGUUAUCAACUCUUUCCUAAAUACCUGCAUACUCUGAUAGAAAUAUCGUGGCACAAUAUCUAUCUCAUUCAAUAUUGUCUCAUUGACCAUGACGCAUAAAUUCAAAAUGGAGGAAUACGAGAAUAAGAUAGGGGCUGCAGACCCAUUGCGCCUUUCGACGGACUUGGCGCGGCAGACCACAGUCAAUACGGAUGUCGCAGCGUUGCGAGCUGCGGGUUACGACCAAGAGCUGGAUCGAACGUUUUCGCUACCAGCUAUGGGAUGCCUUUGUCUGUGUCUUAUGGCAACAUGGGAGGCACUUUCUACUGUUGUCUCUGCUGCAUUGGUCAGCGGCGGUCCCCCAUGUUUAUUCUACAACUACGUUUUAUCUUUCUUGUGCACUUUGGCCAUCACUUGUUCAUUAGCUGAGAUCGCUUCCAUUUAUCCUACCGCUGGAGGCCAGUAUUACUGGGUCGCCGCCCUCUCGCCUCCGUCGGGUCGCCGGUUUAUGUCGUACUUUACCGGAUGGACCUCAGUAGGAGCUCAGAUGGUUUUUGCUGCGUCUGCUGCCUUCGCUGCCGGUCUUCAAACACAGUCGCUCAUAAUUCUUAAUGACGAAAGCUACAUCCCCGAACGGUGGCAGGGUAUGCUAUUCUACUGGGCUAUUGUAAUAUACUCGGGCGUGCUCAACAUUUGGGGCCCUAAAUCACUACCCCAGAUGAAUAUAGUUGCUGGCGUAAUUCAUGUGGCGGGCUUUCUCGCAAUCCUCAUCGUUCUCAUCGCCUUAGCGCCGAAGAAUAGUGCUUCGUUCGUCUUCACUGAGUUUUCGAAUAACAGUGGCUGGGAAUCAAGUGGUGCCUCAUGGCUUGUAGGAUUGUUGAGCUCUGUAUAUCCAUUCCUUGGUUACGAUGCAGCAUGCCAUCUGUCUGAAGAGAUACCUCACGCCGCACGGAACGUUCCAAUCGCCAUGGUCGGAAGUGUCGCUGUGAAUGGAAUCCUCGGUCUUGCUUAUUGUAUUGUGUUACUUUACUCCAUUAGCUCCCUAGACGACAUUCUUUCCACGCCGACAGGGUUCCCUUUCAUGCAGAUCUACCAGACUGUCACUCAGUCUCAGGCAGGAACCACAAUAAUGUCUCUUCUUAUCAUCAUCAUCGCCGCAACUGCGAACGUGGCUUGCGUAGCCUCGGCGUCACGUACUGCUUGGGCGUUCGCGCGUGACAAGGCUCUACCUUAUCACGUUUUCUUCAGCGAGGUGUCAAAAAAGCACCAAGUUCCUGGCCGUUGUGUCGCUUUGGUCACCUUUGUUCAAAUUCUCCUCGGCUUCAUCUACCUCGGCAAUACUACCGCAUUCAAUGCCAUUUUGUCAAUGGCGAUCAUUGGUCUUUAUCUAUCAUACACGUUGCCAAUCAUUUACAUGCUCUUCUGGGGAAGGAAAAAGACUCAUUCGACACAUUGGGGACCGUUCAAGCUCGGCAAGCCGCUCGGGGUCAUUCUGAACCUUAUAAGCAUUAUCUGGAUGGGUUUGGUCAUGGUCGUCAGCACGUUCCCAAGUAUGAUGCCCCUAACCCCCCAGAAUAUGAAUUACUCUUCUGUCGUUAUGGCUGCAUGGUUAUUGUUUGGUUUUGUUUACUACCACUUGUACGGGAAGAAGAAAUACGACGUUCCAGUUGUUCAUGUAUCUGUCGUCACAUCUUUGUCCAUCGCUACCAUUCCAAUCAACGCCUAACAUUAUACGGAAUCGGGCUGAAGCCAUGAACACGCGAUUCAUAGCACAGGUUGCGAUUGAGACCAUCUAAACAUAUAAGAAAUUCAAAUGGCGUUUAAUAUCAUGUUUUAUUUAUAAUCAAUGUUGGUAUCAAUCGCUGAACUCAUUAAGUUACCUGUAGCUUAGACGGCAUACAUAUAGAAAAUCUUGGUUCGUACGAGAUAUCCCUAAUACAUAUCAUGGC